CAACCAACCAAGUGUGAAAUACGAAGAGAAGUCUUAGCGCCUCGUUCUCCAAGAAAUGUCCACGUCGGACCCGACUUACGUACCGAGAAGACCUUUCAGGGAUAAUGACGAUUAUCCUGGCUUGCAAUGGAACCUGCCCAGUGUCCUGACGCCAAGGGGCAUUGUUCAUAGAACGAGGAGGCACAUUCAUUCGCUACCACCCUCUUCCUCGCCUCGUUUAUCGAUUGAGCAGUGGCAUGAGGCUGCCAGAUUCCUCACCACGCCCUCGGCGCGACCUCUUCAAUUGAGGCCUGCGAUCCCACGCUCGUUUCAAACGUCGACUUGAAUCUUCGCGAUUGCAGUGCUUCAUAAUCAAGGGUCGAUCGAUGCCCCACUACGAUCCAUGUGCGCGUCACAAAUCGAAAUAAUCUUCAACACCUAGAAGUCGCGCAAUGCCCCCGAUAAGAAGUAUCUGGAGUCCUCAAACUAUCGUUUACGACCGAAGAAUACAAUGGGCCUGGGGAAGGAAGCCUACCUCGAGGAGGGAACGGAAAAGGGAACGAUCGCAUCCAGUGCCGCCAGCCGCACUCGGAAACAAGUCCAUAAUUUUCGGGCUUCGGCCCAUGAACGCACGUCGAAAUGGUACCAGAAAUAUUUCGUAGAAGGCGUGUUGCGGCAGAAGCCUUUAAAGCCUUCUAAGGACGGACGCCACGUACCGCUGAGAAUCGAACAUGUCAGCCCGUUGAUCGACGAGCGGCGCGGACACGAGUACAUAUCCAACACGAUCCGAACCUCGAGAUACACCGUGUACGACUUCCUGCCGAAGCAAUUGCUCUUUCAGUUCACAAGGCUGGCCAACUUUUACUUCCUUUGUGUCGGUGUCCCACAAACAAUCCCUGGUCUGAGUACGACCGGAAGCUACACGACGAUUCUGCCUCUGCUCUUCUUCGUUCUCUUGACAAUUGCGAAGGAAGGGUACGACGACUACAAGCGACACCGGCUGGACAAACUUGAAAAUGCAAAUACGGUCACGGUACUAGGACGGCCUCUUACCCAAAGGGCCGCGGCAGGAUCAGCGAAGUGGCUUUUGUCGCGCAUUUCAACCUCACGGAAACCUAUUCCCGCGAUUCCAGAUGACCACGACGAUGGCGACGUCGAUCAAGACUACAAAUGGAGAAGGGUUCAAUGGAAAGAUGUCAAAGUGGGCGACAUUCUCCGGCUGUCUCGAGACGAGGAAGUUCCGGCCGAUCUAGUGUUGCUCCACGCCACGGGUGAAAACGGCUUGGCCUACAUCGACACUAUGGCACUCGACGGCGAAACGAAUUUGAAAAGCAGGGAGGCGUCGCCGGCCUUCAAAGGCUGUAGCACCAUAGCCGCUAUUCGUGCGUGCCAGGCCGAGCUGGUCCUCGAAGACCCAAAUCCGGAUCUCUAUCGAUUCGAUGGCAGAGUCACAACGGGAGACCGAACAGUACCCCUGACGCUGAACGAGAUAGUCUACCGUGGCACUAUUUUGAGGAAUACAGAACGUGCAAUCGGCAUCGUCAUCAACACCGGGGAGGAAUGCAAAAUCCGGCUGAACGCCAACCAGCACCCCAAGGCGAAGAAGCCUGCUCUCGAGGCCGUCUCCAACAAGAUUGUCAUUACUCUCGCUGCCUAUGUCAUCAUUCUGUCUGUUGGAUGCUCCAUGGGCUAUAUCAUUUGGAGAGGGUCGACUGAAAAGAAUGCGUUUUAUUUAAGUGAUGCGACUGUUCCGUUCAAAGAGAUCAUUAUUGGAUUCGCAAUUCAGUUCAACAACGUUAUACCUCUUGCCCUCUACAUCAGUCUGGAAAUCGUCAAGAUUGGACAGAUGCUCAUGCUGAAUGGGGAUAUGGAGAUGUACGACGAGGCAACAGAUACGCCGGCCAGGUGCAACACGAAUACCAUCCUCGAGAAUUUGGGCCAAAUCAGCUAUGUUUUCUCCGACAAGACUGGUACCCUAACCGAUAACGUCAUGAAAUUUCGGAAACUGAGCAUAGCGGGUACUUCGUGGCUUCACGAGAUGGAUCUCGAGUCCGAAGCCGAGCCGUCUCCUGUCGAGCAGGUUGUCUCCUUCACUCCUAGCAAAGUUGUGUCGAGAAAGUCACGAGAAGCUACACGGGUCAUCCCAGAAAGUCACGAGCCAUCUAUCGCCUCCCCGAUUUCUAUCACCGUGACCUCGCCUCCUCUUGGGAGAAGCUCUUCCCAUUAUGGUAGACGUUCAUCUUCACACUGGAGAUCAACGGGUCGACCUGACCACCCGCAACCUGAGCUUACUACCACCGACCUCCUGGAAUACCUGCAGUUAAGGCCAGCAUCACCAUUUGCAAGAAAGGCUCGUGAUUAUAUCCUUUGCCUGGCGCUGUGCCACACCUGUCUGCCGGAAGUCAAAGAUGACAAGGUGGACUUCCAGGCUUCCUCGCCUGAUGAGCUUGCACUUGUACGUGCUGCGCAGGAUUUGGGAUAUCUUGUGAUGCAUCGAUCUUCCCAGUCAGUUACGCUCAAGAUCACAUCAGAGAACGAUGAGAAAACAGAAACCUACGAAAUCCUGGAUGUCAUUGAAUUCAGCAGCAAACGGAAGCGAAUGUCGAUAGUGGUACGAUAUCCCGACGGAAGGAUCUGCAUAAUCUGCAAGGGUGCAGACUCGAUGAUCCUGCCCCGACUCAAGAUGGCAAAUCUGGCACUGAAGAAAGCCAGUGAAGUUCGCCAGAGUGCGGAUAUGGAAAUCGAGAUGCUUAGGAGAAGUGAGCAGUUGGAGCCGCGAAACAGCUUUGGUGGACGACCGAGUCUGACGCUUGCCCGGAGGAGCAUUGGUGCUAGUGUACCGGCUCACCUCAAGAAACGACCGGCUAUUGAGCGAACCCAAUCAUUUGAAGCAUCCAAGGUGCGCCGCUCGGAAGACAAUCGGGCAUCCCGACCGUCGCUAGGCGUCCGAACGGUCUCUUUUGAUAUAGCUAAGACUUUGGCAACACCCAGUCCUAUGUCGCCUUCACCAAUCGACAACAAGUUCAGCUUUAUCGAUGAUCCCUUGAUCAACGACGACUCAGCUGUGUUCACUCGCUGUUUCAAGCAUUUGGAUGAUUUCGCCACCGAAGGUCUUCGGACAUUACUGUUCGCUCGCAAGUUCAUCCCAGCGCAGGAGUACAGGAUGUGGAAGAAGAUCUACAAUGAGGCCACAACCAGUCUCGUGAACCGCCAGGAGAUGAUCGAGGAGGCUGGGGAAAUGAUUGAGCAGUCUCUCGAUCUUGUCGGGGCCUCCGCAAUCGAGGACAAGCUUCAAAAGGGCGUCCCCGAGACAGUAGACAGGCUUCGCCGUGCCAACAUCAAGAUAUGGAUGCUUACGGGCGACAAGCGCGAAACGGCAAUCAACAUCGCCCACUCGGCUCGCAUCUGCCGUCCCGCUUCGGACAUCUUCAUCCUUGACUCAUCUAAAGGCGAUCUAGAGACUCAGAUACUCGCAGCUGCGGAGGACAUUCAAGCCGGCUGCAUACACAGUGUCGUCGUAAUUGACGGUCAAACGCUAGCUGUUGUCGAACAAUCUCCGAGGUUGAAAAUCCUUUUUUACACGUUGAUCCCGACCAUCAACGCCGUCAUCUGCUGCCGCGCCAGCCCAGCCCAGAAGUCGUCCAUCGUGAAGGCAAUCCGGCAACGUAUCCCCACCGCCCUUACCCUUGCCAUCGGCGACGGCGCCAACGACUUGGCCAUGAUUUCAGCCGCCCACGUCGGAGUCGGUAUCUCAGGCAAAGAAGGUCUACAGGCCGCCCGCGUAGCAGACUACGCCAUUGCGCAAUUCCGCUUCCUGCAGCGCUUGCUCCUAGUCCAUGGCCGAUGGAACUACGUCCGCACUGCCAAGUUCAUCAUCGCUACGUUCUGGAAGGAGAUGUUCUUCUACCUGCCCACGGCCCUUUAUCAGCGGUAUAACGGGUACACGGGGACUUCGCUUUACGAGAGCUGGAGUUUGACCGUACUCAAUACCCUGUUUACGAGUUUGUGUGUUAUUGUGCCGGGGGUUUGGGAGCAGGAUCUGUCAGCGCAGACGUUGCUUGCCGUCCCAGAGUUGUAUGUCCAUGGUCAGCGCAAUAUGGGGUUAAAUAUACGGAUGUACGUGGGCUGGAUGCUGACCGGGGUACUCGCUGGUUUCGUGACAUGGUUUGCUGUUUGGGCUGGGUAUGGGGGUGUGCUGGGGAUGAUUGAUGAUGAGGGCUUGUUCGCACAGGGUGAUUUGGCGUUUUCGGUGUGUAUUGUUUGGAUUAAUGUCAAGCUACUCAUCGUCGAAACCCACAACAAAACCUCCCUCGUCCUAGGCAGUUUCGCCAUCACAUUUGCGGGCUGGUGGGCCUGGAACGCGUUCCUGGCGGCGGCCUACGCCCCCGCCCCCAGCCCCUACGCUGUCCGCGGCGGGUUCACCACCACUUUCGGUCGGGAUCCUCUGUGGUGGCUUACCCUCAUAGUCAUCGUGUGUAUUCUUCUGUCUGUGGAGUUGGUGUGUAAGACGGUGAGGAGGAACCUCCUUGUCGCGAGGCUGUGGAGGUGGCCGCCUUGGAAGGGUGGAAGCGAAGGAGUGGGGGAGAGUGUGGAGGAGUGGGAUUUAGAGCUUUGGCAGGAAUUAGAGAAGGAUCCCGUGGUCAGGGAGAGGUUAAGGAAGAUUGUGGAGGAGGAGGAGGAGGAGAGUGAGGAUGGGAGUGGUGAGUUGGACAGACAAGCGAGUGAAGGGGUGGGGUUGGGACUGGAUACAGCUGUUUGAGGCCAGGUGGAACAACUGUAUUUAACCAGUAAUUGACGUUUUUAGAUACCCCUGGUCUUCUUGCUGGUUGGCAUAGAUGUGGUAUAUAUUUUUGUACUUUCUACCUCGAUUUUCCGUCCUUGGUUUUUUGCUUGGCCGCUAAGUGGCUAAAGCGGGACCGGCCUCUUAUAAUUGUUAGGAUAUGCGAGCAGG